AAUCCAAAGUCACGUGUUUUACAAUUCUCGGCAACACUCGGAAGCUCCCGUAAAUUAAACGGGAAUUUUCAAAAUGGCGGCUACUGGAAUUGAAGAGGUUCUGCAGUCUCUGAUGGACACUCUUGGACUUUGUGCCGAGAAAAUAAAAGAGGGAAGCUUAGGACAAGUGAUGGAGGACUUGGAGUUGAGUUUCUCUCUGGAAGAAUUUUGGAUGAAACUAGGCAUGACCUUCAGGGCUAUUUCUAAAGAAGCAACUAAACUGACCAUUUCCUUUUCAAAGCCUCCAGUACCAUCAGUUGAUGAACUACAAUGCCUCUUGACUGGAUUUGAGACAUCAGUUGUGGCCAUGUUGACAAUAUUUCGUUCUUUACCAAUAUCCCAAGGGAAAUAUCUUCAUAAGAAACUUCAGGAAUCUGUUCUGACUGUGGUGGACGACUGUCAAAUUCUUGCUGCUUCGUUUAUCAAGGAAGGCUGUUCAAGUGUUGCCAGUGCAAAGACAAAAUCAACAGGAACUUUGUGGGAACAUUGUGAUGGUUUUCAACACCUUCCAGCAGAUGACAAACAUGCAGUUUUACAAGUAUUUCAUUCAAGUUCAGAGUUGAUCAAAGAUGCCCUCACUGAGUUAAAUGAGGCUCAAAAAUGUAAUGGAUGUCAAGAAAAUGAUUGUGAUGAAGAUGAUAAUGCAAUAAACAAAGAUGGUUGGUCAAGUGAAGAUAAAUUAUUGGUUCCCCCUUGUAUAGGGCUUGUCAAGGCAUGUAGGUCAUGUCUAAAGAAAAUUUCUGGUGCUGUUCAAACUUCAGGUCAAGUCACAUCAGUGGAAAAUAUUCAGCAACUAGAUUCAAUGGCAGAUGAAAUCCAGAGAACUAGUUCAAGUGUUGACGAUGUCGUCAUGAGUCUGUACAGUCCUAUGAAUCAUCACAAUGUUUCUGAAUCAGCCUCUAAGCUGUCCCACCAGUUGAAAGAGAUACUGAACAAAGCUAGGGAUUCUCAUUUUACGCUGGACUCAGACUCUUCUUGGCUCGACUUUCUAACCAAGGCAAUAGACCAUAAUAUGAACAAGAUUACAAGUGUUCUCCACGAGCUAGAAGAGACGAAUACAUGAUCCUCAAGAACUUCCAGCAAAAUGUAAUCAAGACAUGUUAACUAACAGACAUGGUUCAAAUCAGCAGAGGAGCUUAUGAAUACGUUGCUAGUCAAGUCGCAAAAUUAAUGAAUCACAAGAACUCAAAAUCUUGAGUUUGAAUCUAUUAACUUGGAAUUUGUCAUGAAACCAUAAAAAAAUACUUUUUGUUUAAUUAAUCUGCAUUUUUAUGGCGCCUCACUCUCAUUUAUGUAGCUAAUACUCAGCGAUUUGUCCAGCAAAUUCGCCCACUCCUUCGACCAAUCAGAUUCAAGACUAAAACUAGUCGCAGCUUGGUCACUCGCGUUUUCCCGCGCUUUAGACAGUUUGCUUGAAUUAUUGGCUCCUUAGGAUGUACUCCUCUUUCUGAUUGGUCAUUGUGACUGCUUUGGCGUUGGCUUUACGACACUCAGUCGAAAUGUGCUUUAUUCUAAACAGCUCACACGAACGCAAUGUAGGAGAAAAAUAGCAUGUGUAAUUUCCUUUUAACCGCCGUUUGAAAUCCAGAGAGGUGCAACAGUUUGCUCAGUUUCGUUCAUUGCGCGGACACUGAUUCCCAGAAGGACUUGUAGUCUAACGCCCAGAAAUGAGCUGCGUGGAGGGUGUGCAAGUCAUUUUAACAUCACAGUGAAAUUUCCCUGAAAUAGCUAAAAAUAUUGAAGUAACUGUAUGCCAAAGUAGGAAAAUAUCCAAGACGUUGGAAUUUAAUAAAUAUGAACAAGGAGAUGAAGAUUGAUUAACACGGAUUGUGAAUAAAAGACUUGGAGAUAUUUUGGCUGUAUCUUCGAAGAGAAAAACAGA